GCGUAAAACCAGGGGAGAAUUUAAGUGAUUAUAACCGGAGGAGCGCGCAGUUCGGUGCGGUGCGGUGCAGUGGGGUACAGCGCUGUGUUGUGGGGUACAGUGUAGUACUGUGUAGUACUAAGUCUCUAAGAAGGAGAAGUGAUUUCCUACUGAGGAACUUCUGUCACUGAGAAAAUGCUGGAGAUCUUUUUAUUGAUGCUUUGUGGACUGUCGAGCCGCGUCCUGGCCAAAGAUACAGAGACUAAAGGAAGGUUUAACUCACCAGUGCUGGAUGUGAAAGAAAAACAACUUGUCCUGGAGAAGAAUCAGAUGCUGCAACUGAACUGCAGGGGCCGAUGGGAACUGGAGUGGGUGCUUCCUUCAGGCGUGCCUAAAGAUUACCCUGGGGUCAGCGUGCAGAAAUCUUACUGCGGCCGAAAAGCAAACCAUUACUGUAGCCGUCUGACCAUCAGCCCCGUCUUAGCCGAGCAUACAGGCUCCUACCGCUGCCACUACGCCCACAAGGAGCGCAAAAACACCUCCGUCUACGUUUUCAUCACAGAUAGUCAGCAGCCAUUUGUAAAGGUGCAGAAAGAGAUCCCAGAUGUGGUCUACAUGAAGGAAGGACAAUUCCUAGUGUUUCCCUGCAAGGUUACAAAUCCUCACACAAAAGUCUCAUUGGUCAAGUUUCCUGACCGAAGGAUUCAGAGUGACCAAAGGAACAUCAUUUGGAAUAGCAGAAAGGGGUUUGUCAUCCGCAGCCCCACAUACUUCUACAUCGGUCUGUUCUCCUGUGAAACUAUAAUCAAUGGGACUAAAUACACCAAUAACUUCUUGACCUACAGACCGGUAAACAAAAUCCAGGAUGUAUAUUUAAACAGCACUGGCUUGGUUCAAGCUCUGCAGGGAGAACGGCUGGCUUUAAACUGCACUGUUACAGCUGAGUUGAACUCCAGGGUGAACAUCAACUGGAGCUACCCUGGAAAGGCCAAUGAUACAGGCUCAAUCAGCAGGCGUAUUACGCAAAGCAGGACCAACGUGGUUUUCUAUAGUGUCCUCACCAUCCGUAAACUGCAGAGGGCUGACAGAGGAGCCUACAAAUGUUAUGUGACAAGUGGUCCAGCGAAGCGAGAGGUCAACACCUCGGUUAUAGUUCACGACCAACCAUUUAUCAGGCUAAAGCAGCGAAAUGGUCAAGUGGUGCGCGCUUAUGCAGGGCAGAAAUCAUUUCGUCUGUCCCCCAAAUUACAGGCCUUCCCUGAACCUGAGGUUAUAUGGCUGAAAGAUGGGAUGGUGGCAGCUGAGCAGUGUUCACGUUACCAUGUAGAUGGCCAUUCUCUGGUGAUUCGAGAUGUUGCAGAGGAGGAUGCAGGGGUCUACACUAUUCUCACUAGAAUUCAGCGGUUCGGCCUUCAUCAGAACCUCACUCUCUCACUUGUGGUAAAUGUAAAGCCUCAAAUUGGGGAGAAAGCUGUAGCGAUGAGGGAGCCAGCUACAGUGCCGCGAUCUAGCAGACAAGCCCUUCGGUGCACUGCCCAUGGUGUCCCGCUACCUCGCAUCCAAUGGCUCUGGCAACCCUGCCCGACUAAAAGCCGAUGUGAGGGGCCGGCUUCCUCCUCCUGGACGAUAGUGAGCGAGAGGACUGAAGUCACGUCCACCUUCAAUCCUGUCCUGAGUAUUAGACACACACAGGAAGUGUUGCAGGGAAAGAAUAAGACCAUUGGUGUUUUAAUUGUUGGCAAGGCAUUAAUAUCUGGCAUCUACCGCUGUGUUGCUUCCAACUUAAUGGGCAGAGAUGAGCUGGACAUCCGGUUCUAUGUAACAGAUGUCCCAGACAGCUUCAGCAUUUCAAUAGAAGAGGAGCCUAGAGAGGGGAGAGAUGCUCACCUGUCCUGCGUGGCCAAUAAGCACCUGUAUUCCAAUAUGACAUGGCACAGAGUGACUGGUGGCUCAGAGGCAAUGGUGAAUGGUUCAGAUCUGGGUGGAAGAAUGACAGAGGAAGAGUAUUCCGUCACUUUACGGCUGACGUUAAAGAAUCUGACAGUGCGAGACUCUGGAAGGUACCGCUGCUCUGCUACGCACCUGUUUACAGGAGAGCACAAACAUCUGGAUGCACUUGUGGAAGUUACAGUUUUGGAGUCCCCGGUACUGCUGCAGAACCUCAGUAACUGCAGUGUGAAUGUUAGCAGCUCUGUUACUCUCCAAUGUCUUGCCAGUGGAGUGCCAAAACCUCUAAUUACAUGGUACAAGGAUGGAAGGAGGCUCAAGCAGGUGUCUGGGAUCAUGCUGGCUCCAGAAGACGGUAGCCUUCAUAUUGACCGCAUCGCCAUUGAUGAUCAGGGACUGUAUAAAUGUGAGGCCACCAAUGAGAAGGGAUCUGUGGAGAGCUCGGCCUACAUUUCUGUUGAAAACUCUACUGAGGCCUUUUCUAUGGAGAUCCCCAUGCUGGCAUGCACAUGUGUGGUGGCCACACUCUUCUGGCUGCUUCUUACUCUCCUCAUUCGCAAGCUUAGACAGCCAAACUCUACAAAUGCCAAGCCAGAGUACCUGCCAAUCAUACUGCACCAGGGUGAAGGGCCUCUGGAUGAGCACUGUGAUAGGAUUCAAUAUGAUCCUGAAAAGUGGGAGUUUCCUCAGGAGCGGCUUCAGCUAGAAAAACCACUGGGACGAGGAGCAUUUGGCAAAGUCAUGCAAGCUUCAGCUUUUGGUAUUGGCAACUCAACCAGCUGCACCACAGUCGCUGUCAAAAUGUUGAAAGAAGGAGCCACACCGAGUGAGCACAAGGCUUUGAUGACAGAGCUAAAGAUUCUUAACCAUAUUGGCCAUCACCUGAAUGUGGUCAAUCUAUUGGGAGCCUGUACAAGACCAGGAGGUCCUCUUAUGGUCAUUGUGGAAUAUUGCAAGUAUGGCAACCUGUCGUUGUACUUGAGAAGCAAGAGAGACAUGUUUGUAGUGAACAAGGAGGAUGAUGGAAUGCAGGAGGAGUGGAUAACCUGUGCAGAAAGUGUGUGUAGUAGCCAGAUCAAUGCUAGCAGUGGAUCUGAAAGUGAGGGAGAUGUCUGUGAAAAAAGCACUGGAUCGCUCUCCCACUUAAGCACUCCUUUAGAUUUAGUGGAUCUGAUCUCCUACAGCUUCCAGGUGGCCAGAGGCAUGGAGUUCCUCACCUCACGCAAGUGUAUACACAGAGACCUCGCUGCUCGGAACAUCCUACUGUCCGAAAAUAAUGUGGUUAAAAUCUGUGAUUUUGGCCUGGCUCGAGACCUCUACAAAAAUCCUGAUUAUGUGCGCAAGGGAGAUGCUCGUUUACCACUCAAGUGGAUGUCUCCAGAAUCCAUCUUUGACAAGGUCUUCACCACUCAGAGUGACGUCUGGUCCUAUGGUGUUCUGCUCUGGGAGAUCUUCUCACUGGGGGCAUCUCCAUAUCCAGGGCUCAACAUUGAUGAGGAGUUUUGUCACAGACUGAAACAAGGAACUCGAAUGCGUGCUCCAGAGUACAGCACCCCUGAAAUCUACAACAUCAUGCUGGACUGCUGGGAGAAAAACCCAUCAGACAGACCCACCUUUACUUCUCUAGUAGGAACACUAGGAGACCUGCUGCAGGCCCAAGUCCUACAGGAUGGGAAGGAUUACAUUCCCAUAAACACAUUUCUGUUUGAAGAAAGUGGUGCAGAGCACCUGGACUACGGAGAUACACACCAAGGAAACCACAGCUACCUUAACACCAAAAAUGAUGUUACUGCCACCUUUGAAGAGGAUUUUAACUCAGAAGUCCAAGAUGAUUCACAGUCUGACAGUGGCAUGGUUCUCCCCUCUGAAGAAUUCCUUCGCCUAAAAUGGAGUGACAAGUUCAAGACCAAAAACAUAACCAAGUUAUUUAAAGGCCAGCGGCAGGACAGAGUCUUACCUACUACAGCACUGCCCUGUAUGAGUAGAGCCCCCUGUGGUUCAGAUUCUGAUGGAAGCAGCUCUCUUCCUCCUGACUAUAACUGCUCUAUGUUCUACCCAACAGUCUAACACACACACACACACACACACACACACACACACACACACACACACAAUUCCACAGCAUCCCUGAACCUCUUUUAGAAAAGGCACCAUUUCUCUGAGCUCUUUUCUAUCCAACAGUCUAACACACACACACACACACACACACACACACACACACACACACACACACACACACACACACACACACACACACACACAC